CCACACAUCGUGUUGGGCAGCGUGCAUCCGACAACAAAGCUCCCCGAGUCCGUCCACCUUUCUCGCCUCUUGUUUGUACCUUGUUCUAUUGAUAGCCGCCGUCGCUGACGCUUGGGGCGUCAAUCCUGCCAGGUUACCCCGAGUUUAAUCGGGGCGCCUCAGUUGCCUCAAGUUGUAUAGCAUUCGAAGAAAGCAAGCAACCCUCGAGACAGCAGUCUCACAGCAGUCGACGGAAGGAAAUGCAACUGUGUGUAGGGCGGUCUAUGGCGAUGCUGGCGAUGGCGCUGAGAAACGCCAGCGGCUUCGUGGGGCCUGUUCGGUUCACCGCUGCGAGGUCGGCAGGUGGCGUCCUGAGGAUGAGCUCCGGGCCAACGGCUGCCUCGCGCCCUAGCGUGCCGGUCCUCGACGCGCAGGCUGCGGAGCUCAAGGCCGAGCGGCUAUGGGGUAUGGCGGACGCCCAGAAGCCGGGGCUGUCGGUACCAUCUGAGAGAUUAGACGUUGGGGAGGUCCAAGCGGCUGCUGAGAGCACGCCGCGGCAAGAUUCGGUGAGCAUCCCUGGCAUGGGUGUUUUCGGCAAGAGGGAGAGGGACGACUUCAUCGAAGGAGAGGGGGAAACAUCCGCGUUGCGGCGGUAUCAAUACAGCGAUCAGCUUUUGACGGACGACGACAGCGGAGAAGAGAGCAGGGAAGACGACGGCAACGAGUACUACAUUUGAUUGUUGCCUCGAAUCCGGACAUAGUUAGACUGUAACGUACGUGUACCUCACGCCACCGGGAUAGUGGUAGGCUUAGGAAUUUCUCUGCGAGGUGCAAUCAAUCCGCCGCGGACCGCUCCGGCAAAAUCUGUCGGCUGGGUUUGCUUAGUGUUGAUUCUACCACCGUUUUUUUUUUAUCCUGAUGGCUUAUGUAGCCGCAACUCCGCCUCGUCUCUUUGGCAGUGUUUUGAAUGUGGCUUGACUUGUGCUAGCUAGUAACUACUGUAAGUGUGUAUGAAACCUGGGAACCCUGAGGCCAUGAAGUGGAAGCUUGGGCUUUAGCUUUGGGCCUGAUGGGUUGCGGCCGAUCUGCCUGCAACAUAUUCGUUUGCGAGUUUCGGGAAAUGUUUCAACUUGACGAAGAAGGUCUUGAUAGGAGAGAGCCGUUGUACAGGCAAUUCAUGAACUUUGCAAGGCGUUUGAGGCGGUGCUAGCGUCCCGCCGGGAGGACGGGAAAUUCUGGUCUGAUCGCAGGGAAACAAUCAAAUCAAGAACGUUGGUUGUGUAGUGGUUUCUUUUUCCAGUGUUCCUGUACUACCAUGCACUCGCCUGUCUCGCCUCUCUGCGGAAUGCAUGUGCUAUACAUGCUCGCUUUGGU